CCAUACCAAGAGUUUGUCGGGUAUUUCCAUUGGCAACGAGGCAAUUUGUUAUUCUCCAUCACGACCGUGUUUUUGGGAUCUCAACCAACCCAUUCCUCUCUCUUCAAUUUGAAUUUGCCGACAUGGCCAAGAGUUCCUUUAAGAUGGAACACCCUCUCGAAAGGAGGCAGGCAGAAGCUGCUCGGAUCCGUGAGAAGUACCCAGACAGAAUACCAGUGAUUGUCGAAAGGGCUGACAAGAGUGAUGUGCCUGACAUCGACAAGAAAAAAUAUCUUGUUCCUGCUGAUUUGACCGUUGGCCAGUUUGUGUAUGUGGUUCGGAAAAGAAUCAAGCUAAGUCCUGAGAAGGCUAUUUUCAUUUUUGUCAAGAACAUUCUACCACCCACUGCGGCUAUGAUGUCUGCAAUUUAUGAGGAAAAUAAGGAAGAAGAUGGUUUCCUCUAUAUGACCUACAGUGGCGAGAAUACCUUUGGGAUGUGCUGAAACGUGAUUAAUAUGCAUCAAUGUGAAUAGGACUCUCAAAAAAUAACAAAAGAUGGAGUUAUAUUAGAUGUAAAUUCUCUGCAGUAUGUUAGUUUAAUGUUCAUGGAUCAAUGACUGUUUAUAUCAGUUUGAUGUUAUUUUCAAAAUGGCCUGGAUCGAUGACUAGUUCAUAUUAAUUGGACCACUGUUUAGCCUGA